AUGGCUGAAAACCUCCCUCCAAUGCAAUACCGCUUCCUCGGGCGAACCGGGCUCAAGGUCUCGGCCAUUUCGCUGGGCGGAUGGCUCACGUACGGCGGCCAUGUUGAUGAUGAAAAAACAUACUCGUGCAUGAAGGCCGCCUACGACGUUGGCGUCAAUUUCUUCGACACCGCCGAGGGAUAUGAAGGAGGCAAGUCGGAGAUCAUCAUGGGCCAGGCUAUCAAAAAGUUUGGCUGGAAGCAGCAGGACCUGGUCAUUUCGACAAAGAUCUAUCACGGCCAAGCAAAUGCCGCCAACCCCGCCAACCCGCUCAACAACAAAGGCCUCUCGCGCAAACACGUUAUCGAAGGCUUGGAUCUGUCCCUGAAGCGCCUGGACCUGCCCUAUGUCGACAUUGUCUACGCCCACCGCCCGGACCGUCAGACGCCCAUUGAAGAGGUUGUGCGCGCGUUCAACCACGUUAUCAACCAGGGCAAGGCAUUCUACUGGGGCACCUCUGAAUGGUCCGCCAGCGAGAUUGCAUCUGCCUGGCGCGUCGCCGACAAACUGGGUCUCAUCGGCCCCGUUGUCGAGCAGCCACAGUACAACCUCCUAGCGCGCGAGCGUGUCGAGGCCGAGUACCGUUGGCUAUACGCCGAGCACGGUCUGGGUUUAACCGUCUUCUCGCCGCUGAAACAGGGGAUCCUGACGGGCAAGUACAACGAUGUCGCCGCGCCGCCUCCGGGGUCGCGACUCGCCGAGGGCGAUGGCCGCAGCGCUUUCAUUACAAACUUCGCAAAGACCUUUGGCGACGAGACAUGGAAGGCGAACCUGGCUGUUGUCGCGCGCCUGAAGCCUAUUGCCGAGGAGCUGGGUGCCACUCUCGCCCAGUUGGCGCUUGCGUGGGCGCUCAAGAAUCCGAAUGUCUCGUCGCUUAUCACGGGUGCCUCGCGUCCGGAGCAGGUGUUUGAGAAUGUCAAGGCGCUUGCCGUGGUUGAUAAGCUGACGCCGGAGAUUUUGGCAAAGAUUGAAGAGGCUGCCCAGAACGCGCCUGAAGCGCAGCCGCUGCGUUUUGUAUAG